AUGAAAGCAAGUCAGCGAUCGUUCGAGCAGCAAGUGGCCGAUCUCGAUAGAGAAUUGAAAGAGCUUUCUGUAAUCAAAAACCCGAAGGCGGCCGCGAAACAGCCACAAAGGGUCGUUUCGAUCGGAAGCAAAAACGAAGCGCUGAAGCAGGAUCAGGCGAACGCCAACAAGUUGGCUAGCGAAAGGGACGCAGAAGAGGAGCUCGAUCACGAUGAGUUCGAUGAGGAUUCGGAGUGCAGCCAGCACACCAAUCCGUUUAAUGGCGGCGAUUCGCCGCAAAAUUGUACGAAAGUAGGUGAUGUCAGCCAAAAUAGGCUGGGUCAAGAACAAGUUGGCCCUACACGAACACAGCUAGUGGCGAGAAAAGGUUUAACGACCAAGCUUCCGAAGUUUUCGGGCCAACCUAGGCAGUGGCCAUUAUUUUAUGCAACUUACAAAGCAUCGAACGAUGCCUGUGGCUACAUGAACCAAGAAAAUUUGGUUAGGCUGCAGGAGUGUUUGGAAGGUAGAGCAUUGGAACUGGUGGCUGGUCAGCUGCUUCUCCCCGAGUCAGUUCCAAGAGUUAUCGAAAAGCUACGGCGGAAUUAUGGGCGUCCGGAGCAACUGCUUCAAGAGUUCUUGGACCAAGUCAACGAGCUAGAACCACCAAAACCAGACAACUUAAAAAGUUUUAUACCGUUUGGGAACAUGGUGGAGCAGCUCUGUGAGCAUUUGGAAGCUGCAGGGCUUCGGCAACACCUUGUAAAUCCGUUGCUUAUUAAGAGUCUUGGCACAAAAAUACCGGACCGCGAAAAGCGAGAGUGGGUACACUACCAAAGAAGAAAUGCUGGUGGAGAACCUACACUACGAACUCUAACCGAUUUUCUAAUGGAGAUAGUCGAUGAUGCCUGCGAUGCGGAUGUCGACGUGCAGGAUAUGCGGAGUUACCAAUGCAAAGGUGCUCCACAGUCCAGAAUGAAGAAAUCGAAAGGUAAAGGUGUGCUGCUCAGCCACAGUGAAGCCAGCAGUUCGGGUGGUAUUUCGACGGCACAAAGGGAGUUGAAGCCUUGCAAAAUAUGCCAGAGUACAGGACACCGCCUGCGACACUGCGAUCGCUUUGGGAGAAUGCCGUAUAGUGAACGAUUGAGGAUAGUUACCCGCGAGAAACUUUGCAAUGUGUGCCUGAACGAGCAUGGCGGUCAGUGUAAAUUCCGAAUACGCUGCAACAUUGGCGAUUGUAGAGAGCGUCACAAUCCGCUAAUGCACCCCGUUGGAAGCGCGGUAGGGAUGAGCGCGCAUAUUCGCAGUGAUUCGACCGUAAUAUUCCGGAUAGUUCCUGUAAAGCUGUACUGUGGCGAAAAGACGGUAACGGUGCUUGCCUUCCUGGAUGAAGGUGCCUCGGUCACGCUGGUAGAGAAGAAACUAGCAGAUCGGUUAGGUGUGGUUGGCGUUCAAGAGAGACUGACGAUAAAGUGGACAGCCGAUGUCAAACGCGAGGAAAAGGAUUCGCGGCGGAUGAAUUUGUGGGCAUCAGGUGUCGGUGAGAGCGCAAACAAGCUGCUGUUACAUGGUGUCCGGACUGUUAGUAAGCUCGUGCUGCCUCGUCAGAAGUUGAACUCUAAGGAACUUGCCGGACAAUAUGACCAUAUGCGAGGAUUGCCGAUCGAGUCUUAUGAUGGUCAACCAGAACUGCUCAUCGGGUUAAACAAUAUUCACUCCUUCGCGUCGUUGAAAGCGCUGUUCGAUGCAAACUCGGGUGGACGGUGUAUGGGUCUAGACAUUCUGCGACUGGUGCAGCUGGUGAUUAUCUCGGCUUCCACCAAGGAAUUUCCAACGAAGACUUACACGAAUUGCUCAAAAGAUGAAGCAACUGGAGAAGCGAUUGGAAAAAAUCCCGAGCUGCAUGAAAACGUGUGCAGGCAAAUCGACGAGUACCAGUUGAAAGGCUACGCGCAUGUUGCUACUGCGGAGGAGUUGAACGGAACAGAAGCAGGAAAGUCCUGGUACCUUCCACUUAACGUCGUGCAGAACCCGAAAAAGCCCGGGAAAGUGCGCCUUGUGUGGGACGCGGCAGCUACUGUGCAGGGAGUGUCUUUAAAUUCACAGCUGUUAAAAGGUCCGGAUAUGCUGGUUCCUUUAGUGAAGGUUAUGGUCGGAUUUCGCGAACGACGAAUCGCUUUCGGUGGUGACCUGAAAGAAAUGUUUCACCAGCUUAAAAUUCGUACAGAAGAUAGGCAAGCACAGCGGUUUGUGUUCAGGAAGCACGCGAACAUGAAACCAAGCGUUUACGUCAUGGACGUAGCGACAUUUGGGUCGACAAGCUCCCCUUGUUCGGCCCAAUUCGUGAAAAACAAGAACGUGGAAAAUUUCGCCGCUCAGCAUCCAAGAGCAGCUACGGCGAUUAUAAACCGCCAUUAUGUCGACGAUUAUUUCGACAGUGUCGAUCAUGCAUCUGAAGCAGUGCAGUUGGCCAAGGAGGUGCGCUUCGUUCAUUCGAAGGCGGGCUUCGAAAUCCGCAACUGGGUAUCGAAUUCGUUGGACGUAUUGAAGGGUUUGGGCGAAGAGAAACCGUUGUCGCCGGUACAUUUUAACCAAGAUAAACACACUUCCGUGGAGCGCGUCUUAGGAGUGAUUUGGGAUCCGAUGUUGGACGAAUUUGCUGUCUCGACGAAGCACCGUGUGGAAGUUUUACCGUACCUGUUUGAAGAGAAAAGACCAACAAAAAGACUCGUCGCUAGCUGUGUGAUGGGAUUUUGA